GUUAUGUGUUUCCUGGACUUGACCGCCAACAUUUCAGAGCAGUCUGAACUUCAGAGGAGCUGGAGGCUGAAUGGCAUCAGCGAGCACUUCAUGAAGAGCGGGGAGACUUCCAGGAGACGCGCUCCGAAUGGGGACCGAGUGUGAGAGCAUGCUGCAUCUGGCAGCGGAAGCUUUCCGGGCGAACAACUUCGAGCUGGCGGCGGAUAUUUACGGGUGCCAGCUGGCGCGUGCCGGGGACCCCGGGAGCCGGCUGGAGCUGAUGGUGAAGCGGGCUGACGCGCUCGCCUUCGGGGGCAAAGUGGCGGAAGCUUUCGAGGUGUACCGACAAGCCUCCGAGAUAGACAAACUCAAACCCGCUCACCUGUCCAACCUCGUCGGGUACCUGUCGGACAGUAUCCGGAGACAGGACUGGGGCGGGGGCCGCUGGAGGACGGGCUCCGGGUUUGAGGACUUCUCCUGCGGGAUUUGCCUGAGCUUCCUGUUCGAGCCGGUGACUCUGCCGUGCGGACACUGCUUCUGCAAGAAGUGUCUGGAGAGGGAGAGGAAGGAGAAGGAGCGGCCGGUGGCGUGUCGGGAGUGCAGGGACAGCUCCAGUCUGGCCGGCCUCCAGACUUAUAGGGUGAACGUGGUGCUCAGCAGCCUGCUGGCCAAGUGGUUCCCCAGCUUCCAGCAGGCCGGCCGGCUGCGGCGGGAGGGGAACGGGCUGUACGCCGAGAGGAAGAUGGAAGCGGCGCUUGAGAAGUACAACCAAGCCAUACUGACAGCACCCACAGACCACAUCCUGUUUAGCAACCGCUCUCAGAUCCACUCCAGUCUGAAGCACCAUGACUGGGCUCUGAGGGACGCAGAGACGGCCUGCAGACUGAUGCCCUUCUGGUCCAAGGGUCACGUUCGUAAGGCCCAGGCCUUGGUGUCAUUGGGCAGGACUGAUGAUGCUCUGAAGGAGUACCUGAUCUGUCUGUCCUUAGAGCCGGACUGUAGACUGGCUAAGGCUGAAGCUCACAAGCUUCUAAGUGACUUCCUGGCUCCAGUCGUCCAUCAGGUGCCUGAACACAUCUCUGGCUGCGCCAACUUCCUGUCUUCCAGAGCACACAUCAAAAGCAGCAUCACUGAACCCAUCCAGACCGUCAGUCCUGGGUUGCUGUUUACAGAGCUUCCUCCAUCAGCAGCUGGGAGGUCCAACAGGAGUCUCAGAGAAACUGACACAAAUGUCCUUAAACGAAAACGAAGAGACGUGGAAGAAGAGGCGAAACCACAGGAAGAAAUCAGCCACCAGAAGAAAUCCAAGUGUGAACCAAACCAGGGCCUAGAUUCUUUAGACGCCGUGUCCAGUGACUUCUUGGACCCAACAGAUCUGGAGUGUUCCCUCUGUAUGAGGCUGUUCUACGAGCCGGUGACAACGCCAUGCGGGCACACUUUCUGUCUUCAGUGCCUGGAGAGAUGCCUCGACCACAGUCCAAAGUGUCCACUGUGCAAAGAAGAGUUGUCUGAGUACUUGGUCCAGAGGCAGUACUGUAAGACGGUGUUAAUGGAGAACCUGAUCUCGAAGUAUCUUCCCUCCGAGUUCAUUGAGAGACAGAAAAUACAUGAGGAGGAGAUGGCUGAGCUCUCCAACCUCAAUAAAAGCGUGCCUAUAUUUGUGUGCACCAUGGCCUUCCCCACCGUGCCGUGUCCCCUCCACAUCUUUGAGCCCUGCUACCGACUGAUGAUUCGCAGGUGCAUGGAGACGGGAACCAACUGCUUCGGCAUGUGUCUGGGAGACGACCUCAAAGGAUUCGUCGGGUACGGGUGUCUGCUGGAGAUCCGCGACGUCAAGUUCUUCUCGGACGGCCGAUCAGUGGUGGACACGAUCGGCAGACGGAGGUUUAAAAUCAUUCAGCACCGCGAGAGGGAUGGAUACAACACGGCAGACGUGGAGUAUCUGGAGGAUGUGAAGGUGGAGGGCAUAGCGGAGCGUGAGCUGCAGUCGCUACAUGACACAGUGUACGACCAGGCUCUGGUCUGGGUCAACUCUCUGAAAGCUGAGCAGAAGCAACGCAUCGAAGGACACUUUGGACCAAUGCCUAAGAAAGACCCCGAACUCCAGGCCAGCCCCAACGGCCCCUCCUGGUGCUGGUGGCUACUGGCUGUUCUCCCGUUAGAGGGCCGGGCCCAGCUGCCGUUCCUGGCCCUCACCUCCCUGAAAGAUCGCCUCAGCGGCAUCCGCAAAGUCCUGCUCUUCAUGUCACAGAGCAGGCCCCGGUGACCUCACAUAACGGCCUCAACAAGCGACGCACAAGCGCACAACACCCUCGCCCGAGAGCAGCCGACGACCAGUUCUUCUGUUUCUCCGCACAAGUAACAGCCACCGUUGCACUUUGACAGCAGACUUUAUGAAACAAGGAGUUUCUCAAUCGAAUAUCUUCCUCGUGCUACUUUCACUCGGCACAAACAGCAGAGGACUCGCAGAGCUAUGUUUGGUGAAUGAACUGAAGUGCAUGUCAAUCAUGUUUUGCCACAAAGUUGCAGCUUGACAUAACAGCGCUCACUCUGACUUUCUCUCUCUGUGUGUCAUUUUCGUCUGUCUACGUUCCAGCGAGUUUCUUCCUGUUCCUGCAGCAGUCUGUAUUCUGUAGUUUAUUUGGAGCUCAGCAGGCAGCAUCCCCCAAAUGGUCAAUCUGCUUUAAAGCGACACCAAAAGCAAUUCUUCCUGUCCAGAUAAGUUUGAAUUUGAAUUAAAGCAGUCAAUCUGUUCAAAUGGAUGUAAAACAAAAGAAAAACAAUUCAACAUGUUUGUUUUUUUUGUGUGUCAAUGCAUUCAAUAAUUAGUUUUGAUAUCUCAAAUAGUAUUGCUUUAGUAAUAAAAUAAACUUACCUUUUAAAGCCACUUACUGUAGAACCCCAUGAAAUGGGUGAAAACUGCUUUGGGUUAUGAGUGACGUUAUGAGUUUCAACGUCACAAUUUUGACUUUGGAGGUUUGGAAAUGAUGAGAAUGUGCUUUAUGACUUUGAUUUUCAUAAGUACAGGGACUUUGAAACUCAUUUAUGACUUUUCAUCUCAUAACUAUGCCUUAGUGUUGUUUCUUUUCUUCCAAGUAGCAGAAACGAGCUUCCUUCAGCUUCUGAACUUCCAUCCUUUGUUUUUCAUCCACCUAAAUAACAUCAGACUGAACCGUCAUAUAAGUUCUGCUUUAAGGCUCCCAAUCUUGUUGGUCUGUGAUUUGUUGUUUUUUAGCUAUUAUUUAUUUGGUUGUUAUUUAUGCAUAAAGUGACAUUGUUUACAUUAUACAUUUAAAGAGAUGCUGGGCUGCUCACUUUCCUCUGAUCCAACUUCUCGUCAAUACAGUGGUUAUCAGUGUGAAGCUUUAAAAAGGAGCUGCACUGGACAUUUUUCUUUAAAAAAAAUUUUUUUUAGGGAUACAUAUUUAAAACAAAAUAAGAAUUUUAUUGGACAUUUUCUUCCACUUUAUCCGGGGUCGGGUCGUGGGGGUCGCAGCUUCAGAAGGCAGGCCCAGACUUCCCUCUCUCCAGCCACUUCUUCCAGCUCCUCCGGGGAAACCCCAAGGCGUUCCCCAGGCAACGAGAGACACAAUGUCCCUCCAGCCGAGAGACGCAGUGUCUUCCCCUGGCCCUCCUCCCGGUGGGACGUGCUCGUGACACCUCACCGGGGAGGCGUCCAGGAGGCAUCCUGACCAGAUGCCUGAGUUUUUUAACCACCUCGUGAGCCCGAGGUGGUUAUUCUCCGCCAGACGUUCCCAGCAGGCCGUCACGACAUGUUUGGGCCUGUCAGGUCUGACCGGGAUCCUCCCCCACCACUGGAGCCAUUGGACAUAUUAAAAUAGUCUCUGUUAAAGGCCAGUGCCUUUUGUUCUCACACAAACAAGCCGUCUUUAAUACACAGCAGACUUCAGGAUACAAACCAGACUUGGUUCCACGUCGCUUCAUCCCAGUUUUACUCACAAGGAGGUUGAAACAUUUUUCCGCAUCAAAUGAAACAAGAGGAAAAUACUUUAGAGGGAAAAACAUGUCGCUGAUAACAAAUCUUGAGGCCUUGCUCUUGUCUGUGAUUGUUUUUUGCACAAAAGCAAAUCUUUGAAAAAUGUACGAGAUUGUUCGGCUUUACCUUUAAAAAAAAUCUUUUAUUUUGUAUGCAAAAGUUUGAUUUCUUCUCCUUUUUUUUAAUACAUGUUUCUAUGUCAAAGUAGUUCUUUGUAUUUAAAAUGUUCUUCGCUUUUCGGUGUGUUUGUCUGGUGUGUCGGUGGAUGUCUCUCGUCAGUUCAUCCACUAAAGGGUCAAAGCAACGUAAUGCCAGACAUUAAAGAAAGAAGGUUGUUGUGCAAUUACAUGUGCUGUAAAUGAAGCAUUUAGGCAUGGGGUGGUGUAUUAAAAUUCUAACAGCGCUGAGUGAAAUCACCGCUGUAUUAUGUUAUUUUUAAAGAAAUCAACCAAAAAUGUACAUGACUUUAUUAGGCGAUUCUCUUUUAGCUUCCUCACUGUGACCAUUCAUGUUUUUAAUAAAUGAAAACAUGUCCAAAUAUCUGACUUUCUCUUCCUUGAGAGAGGAAAAAAGAAAAUGUGGCAGUCUUCACUCAGCCAGCUGACCAGCAGUGCGCAACAGGAAGGAAACAACUGCUCUACUCCUCCAAGCAGCUGGAGAAAACCGUAACUUUUGAAGUUAUACCUGGUAUAACUGAAUAUUUCAGGGUGUUGUGUGUGACAGUUUCAAUGGGAAAUGUAUAGAAUGACAUUUUACUAAUUAGAAAUUAUCCCGAAUACAAGGUAGUUGUCCACUUUUCAAUGUUAUUUAUAGAAACGGGGGGAAAAAAAUCAAUAUUGCUAGUAUAUGCAGUACACAAAAGGGAAUACAUAAUUAAUUAUAGAAAUGUCCAAAGUAAAAUCAUAAGUGAGAUUUAUCUGGUAAACUUGUGUCUGGAUUGAUGUGUUCACACUGACUUUAUAUGAUGAUCCAGUCUGCUUGUCCCAGCGUGUUCAGAGAGUGAAUAUGGUAAUGAAGGAAACUCAUGUAGCAACAAUAAAGCCUGAAUGUUUCACUAACAUUUUGGUCGGAUUUCCUUAAACUGUACUCGUCCUGGUUUGAUGAAUUAAUGGAGCAUUACUAAUGCACUCAAUAAUAAAAGGCAAAAGACGCCUUCGUGA